UUAUACAAAUAACAAUUUAUUUAUGUUUAUUCAAUGAUCAUUAUAAACAGAACAUUGUUAAAAAAAGUUGUAGUACAGACUAGAAGUGCAAAUACAUAAUAAAAGUUUCAAAUUCAAACAAGUUUGUAAAAGAACCAAAUACCACAAGAAAUGGACGAAGAGGUAAACAGCGAAGCAUUUCGCAGUGUAGUUAAUUUUUUAGAAUCAAAUGUACCACGAUCCGAUGUAGCCAAUAUUAGAAGCGAGCUAAAAAAAGAUUUUGUAUUAGGAAAAUCUAAAAGUAAAGUUCAAAAGCAGAAAGUAAAGAAACGGCGAAAUAAUCUGCUAUCACGCAAUGAAAAAAGGAAAUUGGGUUUUUAUUCUAUACCACGUAACAGUGUCAAAUAUAAGGAUGUAGAGGCAAUCAACGCAAUAUGGAUAGAUUAUAUUUCUGAUAUGCUAGAAUUGGAUAAAUCAGUUCCUGAUCCAAUGAGUAAGAGAUGGGAUAUAUUUACACAGAUUCUCUAUAAGGCAGAUUUUCACGGCAGCUUGCUAGAGGUGGUGCGUUCAAAAUGCCCUAGUUAUGUUGGUAAAAAGGGCAUAUGUAUUAUGGAUACAAAAAAUACUCUAAAAAUUGUAUCAAAAGAUGAUGUGGUGACAACCAUACCUAAAAAGGAAAGUGUGUUUGAUAUGUACAUAAGAAAUGUAAAAAUUACUCUUUUUGGUAAACAUUUAUGUAUCAGGCCAGCUGAACGAUCAAAUAAAAAAUUCAAGAAUAACUUCCAUCCAGAUUUAUAGAAUUAAAUAUGUUUAAAUUAUAAA